AGUCUUCAAUACUUUGUUUGUUUCUAAUGUCUAUUUUUCUUGCAGCUCUUCCUCAGCCACCAAAGGGCUUCCGUCAGUCUAUAUUUCCCAGCAAAGACUUGAGGAAACUUUUGGAUAUGCCAGUCCAUAAACGGAGAGCCCCUCUGGUACUCAAUUUCAUCCCAACCUACAAAUCGGCGUUGCCCGACGUCCCAAGGAAGAAGAAGAAAAGCCAGUCACCUCCUUCUGCUACAACUCCUCAAACAACCUCCUUAUCUCAGCCAGAUCAAGGAUCGACCUCUGAUCCAGCUGAGCAGCCGUCUACCUCAGCUCCAUAUCUGAUCCUAAUAUCCCAGCGUCGUCGACAACGCCGAACAAUUUUUGCUGCUGAGAUGGGCCACCGAAAAGCAGUUACCAAAGACCUCUUAGCCAGCAUCCCUAUCGACGUUGACGCUCAGCCAGCACAAACCCAGCCUCAGCCAAGGCAAAAGCAAAAAAGAAUUAAGAAAGACCAGCCAAAGUCCAAGGUGACUCAGGUUGACACUGAGGACACCUUGCCAAUCUCCAUAUUGGCUGAGAGCGAUAAGUCCCAUUCUGUCGCUGAGAAGAGGCCUGCAGAGGGCCAACCAUCCGAAUCUACCUGAUCAAAGAGGCCGAGGUCAUCCGCUACAACCACCUCGGGGUCUUUAAACCACGAUGCCCCUUGGGCCCCCCAAAUGACACUGGAGGAUAAGCCAGUUAGGGCUAGCGAUAGUGCCGACGACAUCAACGUCGGCGUUGCCCUUAGUACCGCUAUGCUUCUUCCCGGCGAUUUCGACCGGAACGCCGAGCUGAGCGAAUAUGAAAACUAUGCUCUGAUGCUUCAGUGCUCUGUUCAAGCCAUCCAGAAUGCUCAUUCUUUCUCAGUGCAAGUCUUUGAGAAUCGGAAGAAGCUUGCCGACAAGAAGAGGAAGGCUGCUAGUCUGCAAAAGACUAAUAAAAACUUGCAAUCAAAAAUGAAGACCCUGGAGGAUCAAGCCAAGGCUGCUAUUAAAGCUCAAAAUGACGCCGAAGAAAGGCGGAAUCCGCUGAGGCCAUUAGGAAGGUUCUUGAGGCCCAAAAAAGAGAGACCGAGGAAAAGAUGUCCCAGGCCCAGAAAGAACUUCAAGAUGCCCUGACCACCAAAGAUGCCGAGAUAAAGGCAGCUGAUGAGAAGGGCUAUAACGAGGGGAUGGCCGAUAUCACAGCGGACUAUGAAAAGCAAGCGAAGCAGGCAUGCAACAAGGGUUUCACCCUUGGUUGGAUGUCUCUUCUAAAAAAGCUUGAAAUCCCCGAUGACUCCCCCCUCAGGAACACCAACGUCCUUCCUCUGCCAUUCCCCCUAACUCCA